GCUCUCUGUGAGACAAUUGCGGGAAUCUAAGCCCCGAUCUGUCAUACACACUUACCAGGGCCACAUGCGCAGUACAGAACAGGGAACAAGUUCAGAAGUGGAGGCUUUGACCGGUCAUCAUGGCAUCGGGCAAUGCAGAUACCCCAACGAAACGCAAAUUAGUGACAAGGACUUAUCAGGAGAAGUACCAGAUUCUCCAAUUUUGCGAGGCAAAUCCUGAAAUGACAAAGAAGGAUGUUGCCUCCAAAUUUGGUUUGAAGCCACAGACUUUGAAUGAUUACCUCAAGAACAAAAAGAAAAUUUAUCAUUCUGUCGAAAAUCCCGAUGCAAGAAAGAGAAUCGUCAAACGUACAAAACACAUAACGUUUGAAGAUGUCGACGCAGCACUUAUUCUUUGGUUUCGUCAGAAAUCGUCACUGCCUGAGAUGAAGAUAGAUGGAGAAAUGCUUCGUCAGAAGGCUGAUUAUUUUGCCCGUGAAUUGGGUCAUGAGGGAAGAGUAUCAAUGGGAUGGAUUGACCGGUUUAAAAAGCGUUGGGGCAUUGUGAUGAUUAGAAAAGCAGGAGAAUCUGCUGAGGUUAACCUGCAGGUCCUUCAAGAGUGGAAAGAUGAGAAGGUGAAAUACAUUUUGGAACGCUACAAGGCAAAGGACAUCUACAACGCUGAUGAAACUGCUUUAUGCUGGCAAAUACUGCCGGAAACAUCCCUUGGCUUUGCGGGGGAUUCCCACCAUGGGGCACCUCACGUUACUCUGCUGGUUGGCACCAAUAUGGAUGGUUCCGAUAAGUUACCAGUGUACAUCAUUGGAAAGAGCAUGUGCCCUCGUGCAUUCAGGCAAAUUCCCAGGCUCCCAUUGGAAUACUCUACCAAUAGCAAGGCUUGGAUGACGAGUGUUCUGUUCGAGGGUUGGCUCAAAAAACUGGAUGGACGCAUCGGUCAAGAGAAACGAAAGAUAGCCAUGAUCCUCGACAACUGUUCUGCUCACUCUUCAGUUGAACUAGACAACAUCGAACUCGUAUUUUUGCCUCCAAAUGCAUCCAGUGUGACACAGCCCAUGGAUGGUGGGAUUAUCCGCAACCUUAAAUUCCAUUACCGGCGAAUUCUGGCUACGAGACGACUGAAUGCAGCUGAACACGUGACGCCUUUCAAGUGGGAGCUACUGGAUGCCAUGUUUGCUAUCAAAACUGCUUGGAGUAGAGUGUCUCAGGCAACAAUCUCAAAUUGCUUCAAGAAAGCGGGAUUUGAAGUCACCCCCAACCAGUACACUGAAGACGAUUCCGAGCAAGAAACUCAGCGGCAAUUUCAAAAUGUCUGGGAUCACCUGACAGAAAUACACGGCAAAUUGAUGCCAUCACUGGAUGACUAUGUUGAUGUGGAUGUGGUAGACACCGAAACUACUCAAGAACUAACGGACCAGGACAUUGUGUCUAUAGUUUCUGACAAAGCAGAUGUUGACUGUCCGAGGGAGGAGGGCUCCGAGACCCAGGACUCCACACCCUCCGUACCAACCAUUAGGGAAGCCUAUCACGCACUGGAUGUCCUUCGGCGCUUCUCAUUGACUGUGGACGCCCAAACAGACGAGAUUUUGGAAUUGGUUAACAAAGCUGAAGCUGUUGUCAUGAGGGAGGUUCCAAAACGAACGCAGCAGAAAACAAACCCCAAAUAUUUUCAGGCCGAGUGAAUUGAGGGUUUAUGUCUCGAUUAACGUUUUUUUGAAAAGUGAUUGAAAAUUCAGUUACAGUGUCGAUAGCUCUUUCUAAGAGUUUAUAUUCUGUUAAAACAGUUCUGUUU